AUGGCGGCCGGCGGCUUCGGAGCGGGCGCUCGGCUUCCCGUACUCGGCAUGGCCGCCAAAGGGGCCCGGCAACGGACGCGGGCUGGCGGCGGCGGGGAGUCGGCUCGGCCGCGGUCGGAAGCCUCGGGCGCGGAGGAGAGCCGCUCGGAGUCAUCUGGGAGCAAAGCAGGACAAGUUUGGGCCCCUGAAGGAUCAACAGCUUUCAAGUGUCUCAUCUCAGCCCGGUUCUGUGCAGCUCUCUUGAGCAACAUCUCAGAUUGUGAUGAGACAUUUAACUACUGGGAACCGACACACUACCUCGUUUAUGGAAAGGGGUUUCAGACGUGGGAAUAUUCCCCAGCCUAUGCCAUCCGCUCCUAUGCUUACCUGUGGCUUCAUGCCUUACCAGCCUUGUUCCACGCUAGAGUUCUGCAGACUAACAAGGUUCUUAUCUUCUAUUUCCUCCGAUGUUUCCUGGCCUUCCUGAGCUGCAUUUGUGAACUCUACUUCUACAAGGCUGUGUGCAAGAAGUUUGGGCUACAUGUGAGCCGCCUGAUGUUGGCCUUCUUAGUACUCAGCACAGGGAUGUUUUGCUCAUCUGCAGCUUUCCUCCCAAGCAGUUUCUGCAUGUACACCACAGUGAUUGCCAUAACUGGUUGGUAUAUGGACAAGACCUCUGUAGCAGUGCUGGGGGUGGCCGCUGGAGCCCUUCUGGGCUGGCCCUUCAGUGCAGCUCUUGGGCUUCCUAUUGCCUUUGACUUGUUGAUACUGAAGCAGAGGUGGAAAAGUUUCUUCAACUGGUGUGUGGUGUCCUUGAUCCUGUUUUUGGUGCCACUGGUAGCUGUGGACAGUUAUCACUAUGGGAAGCUGGUAGUUGCACCUCUCAACAUUGUUUUAUACAAUGUCUUCACCCCUCACGGACCUGAUCUCUAUGGUACAGAACCCUGGACCUUCUAUUUCAUCAAUGGCUUUCUGAAUUUCAACGUGGCAUUCAUUUUGGCACUGCUUGUGCUGCCACUGACUUGUCUGAUGGAGUGUCUGCUUCAGAAAUUUCAUGUUCAGAAUCUGGGCCGUCCCUACUGGCUGACGCUUGCUCCUAUGUACAUUUGGAUCAUGAUUUUCUUCACUCAGCCCCACAAAGAGGAGAGGUUUCUCUUUCCCAUCUAUCCCCUCAUCUGCCUCUCUGGUGCUGUGGCUCUCUCUGCUCUUCAGAAAUGUUACCACUUCAUCUUCCAGCGCUACCGCCUGGAGCACUACACAGUCUCCUCCAACUGGCUGGCCCUGGGGACUGUCCUUCUCUUUGGCCUUUUGUCACUCUCACGCUCUGUUGCCUUGUUCAGAGGCUACCAUGGGCCCCUGGACCUGUACCCAGAGUUCCACAGGAUUGCUACUGACCCAAGCAUUCACACAGUGCCAGAGGGCAGGCCAGUUAAUGUCUGUGUGGGAAAGGAAUGGCACAGGUUCCCUAGCAGCUUUCUCCUGCCAGACAACUGGCAGCUCCAGUUCAUCCUGUCAGAAUUCAGGGGCCAGUUACCAAAACCAUUUGCCAAGGGAGCCAUGGCCACACGGAUCAUCCCCACUGACAUGAAUGACCAAAACAGGGAGGAGCCAUCCAGAUAUAUUGACAUUUCCAAAUGCCACUAUCUGGUGGACUUGGAUACAGGAGUUGAAACCCCAAGGGAGCCAAGGUAUUCCUCCCACAAGGAAGAGUGGGUAACCAUUGCCUACAAGCCAUUCCUAGAUGCUUCCAGGUCCUCCAAGCUGCUGCGUGCAUUCUACAUCCCUCUGCUCUCGGAGCAGUACACCUGGUAUGCAAACUACACCAUUCUGAAAUCCAGGAGGUCAAAGCAAAGCAGGAGGAAAAUGGGAGGGUAG